CACUCGGCCAUCCUGACUUGUCUUAAACGUGUUUCAAUAAUUCGUAUUAAUACAAUAUAGAAUUGAGUUAAGCUAAAAUGAUGUGUAUUGGGUAAGGGAGCUAUACGAGAGAGAAGAAGAAGCUUGGUCAGAAGUUGAGCAAAGGGGAAAAGAUUAUGGGAAUGGAGUUGUUGGCUUUGAAUUCAUCACCACUAUGCAAUGUUACUACAACUACAACUAGGAGGAGGAGAAUUCAUCACACACCCUACAAUUUCAAUUCUAUCAAUUUCAAUGUUAAUAAGAAUCUCUCUAUUUCCAUGGCUAUGAUGAUGACAUCUGCUUCCAAGGUGUAUGAUUCAGUUUUAGAGAACAAAAAGCAUCAACUUUUAUCCUCUCUUCAAGACACACAAAGAGGACUCUUAACUACUCCUAAUCAACGCUCUUCUAUAGAACAAGCACUAGUGAAUGUAGAAGGAAGCAACAUGGGUGAACCAAUUGAUUUCAAUAAACUCGACGGAACCUGGCGCCUCCAAUAUACUUCUGCUCCUGAUGUUCUCAUUCUAUUCCAAGCUGCUGCUACACUUCCUUUCUUUCAAGUCGGACAGAUAUUUCAGAAAUUCGAAUGCCGUGAUAACUCUACUGGAGGUGUUAUUCGCAAUGUCGUCCGCUGGAGUAUUCCAAAUCUGUUAGAGGAACAAGAAGGUGCUACAUUGCUUGUAUCUGCCAAAUUCACUCUCGUGUCCGCACGCAAUAUUUACCUACAAUUUCAAGAGAUCACACUUCAAGAUAUAAAUAUUAGUGAACAGCUCCAGGCUCUAAUAUCUCCAGCAAUACUGCCACGGUCUUUUAUAAGCUUACAGAUCUUGCAAUAUCUCCGUACUUUCAAAGCUCAAAUUCCCGUGAGGGAUCCAGGAAGGGAAUCGGUAGGAGGACUAUAUUACCUGAGCUAUUUGGACGAUAAUAUGCUUUUGGGCCGUGCUGUUGGUGGAGGUGGAGUGUUUGUGUUUACAAGAGCCCAAUCACUUUACUGAUGAGCAUUGAUCAGUAGUUCAACUGCUUGACAGCAAUAUAACAGUAACACUCCAUGAGCCGUCGCUAUGGAAUUCUCCAUAUGGAGUGGAAGAAAUAGAUUGGAGACCUAUAGCCUACAAGGGAUUCUCCUCAAUGUAAUCUAUGUAAUAUCAUUUGAUCUUUGUUACAUUUUAGGGGAAGGGGAGGGUGUAUUGUAUAUUUGUUCUGUAUCUAUUUGUUUCAUUUUCAUUGUUGUAUAUUGAUAUUGAUAUAGUUUAUGUUCAAUGUAACUUUUGAUAUCAGAUUUCUA